UUACAGAGACUUAGACCAUUUAGCUGUUUUAAAUGCAUUAAAAGGGCUUAACUUUAGGGUUUCCACGGCAUAUGAGAUUUAGGGUUAUUAUUGGGUAGUUUUAGGGUUUAGGGUUUACUAUAAUGGCUAUGAGCUGGCGUCAACGCCUGUUAACAUUCAUUUGUUAGUUCUUUAUCUGAAUGUGAAGAAGGGUUCGUAUUGAAUUAAAAAUGUGUGAGAGAGAUCAUCAUUUUGUGGAGUGGAAAGAGCAUUUUGUGUCAAAGGAGAGAGGGAGCCGUGUUGUUCAUUACUUCCUCAAGGAUUCUGCUGGUGAAUCCAUCUUAGCUAUCGUUGGAACUGAGAGAAGUGCUAGACACAUGUUCUAUGUUGUCUCUGAGGAUUUUGUGAGUUUCUAUGGUUCCGAGAAUUCGAUCCAUGCUGGAUUCAAAUGGAGGUCGAGGAGAGAGGUUGUCGAUUGGCUUACUUCUAUGCUGUCUAAACAAAAUUCACAAGCAAACUGGUCGAAGACACCAAAAUGUGAUUCGGAGGAAUCUAAUGGAUCUCCCGAGUUUUCAAGCAAUGGAUUUGCUGCUCAGCGAGCUCAAGCAACGGAGGAGGCCCGGCUUCCCAUAAACUUGAGGGUUCACAUUUGGGAGAUUAUGUGGUCAGGAGUUUCCUGGAUGUGUGCUAAACAGCUCGAACAUUACCCAUCAUUUUGUAGGAAUGGGACAACGAUAGGGGUUGACUCUUUUGUCUUUGUCAUGAGCAAAGGGGACGACCGGUACGUUGCGUAUCUUGAAGAUAUGUAUGAGGACAAGCGUGGCCUAAAAAAGGUCAGGGUAAGGUGGUUUCACUGCACAAAAGAAGUGAAGGGUGCAGUUGCUCUCAAAAACCCACACCCAAAAGAGGUCUUCAUCACUCCUCAUUCACAGGUCAUCAGUGCCGAAUGUGUUGAUGGUCCUGCCACAGUCCUCACCCGUGAGCAUUAUGAGGAGUGUAUAGCUUCUUUUCCCAAUUCUUUAUUGGAAAGGGUGCACAUGUGCUAUCGGCAACUCAGGAAAAACAAAAUCAAACCUUUUGACUUGAGUAAAUUGCGUGGCUAUUUAGACCAACCGAUAUUGUCUUGCUUAAGUUCAAUGGAGGCUUGUCCUGUAGACUGUGGGAUGAAUAAAGAGGAAGAUGAACUGUGGAGUGAUGGUGAGAAUCUAAUGGUUGGCGCUGAGCAGAGCAAGAAAAAACAAAGAAUAAUGAUGUCUGACCAUCUGUUAACAGCAUAUGAAUCUUCAUGUAAAAGACUCAAACUGGGAAAAAGAUUUCCUUCCCCAGAGGUUCAUAAACAUUCUUGUUAUGAUGGAGUCAUUAAGGGUGAUGCAAAAAUAGAGUUUCUGUGUCAAGAUAGCGGUAUUAGAGGCUGCUGGUUUAGGGGCACUGUCGUGGAAGUAUCAAGGAAACAGGUUAAACUUCAGUAUGAUGAUAUAGAGGACGAGGAUGGAUACGGAAACCUUGAGGAAUGGGUGCCGGUUUUGAAAUCUGCUAUGCCUGAUAAGCUUGGUAUGAGGUCGUCCAACCGCCCAACAAUCCGUCCAGCUCCUCCUGAUGCUAAAACAGCAGACGUUGAUCCUGCAAUUGGUAAAGCUGUUGACGCAUGGUGGAAUGAUGGUUGGUGGGAAGGUGUUGUAAUUGCCACUGACAAACCGGACGCUGAGGAAUUGCAUAUAUAUAUCCCUGGUGAGAACUUAUGCUUAACAGUGCAGAGGAAAGAUAUUCGGAUUUCCAGAGACUGGGUGGGAGACUGCUGGGUUGACAUUGAUCCUAAACCGGAAAUACUCUCUCUUGUAUCUUCUGAUGUUAGCCCUGAUUCUGAAGCCAAGCUUUCCAUUUCUUCCACUCUUUCAAAAGAUGCCAAGGCAAAGCCCAUUGCAAUGCCAGAUAUUGUCGAGGAGGCAGAAUCUAAAGGCGAUAUACCGGAGAUUUCCCUUUUAGGAAAAGAGAACAAAGAGCAUAAAGAUGAUGGGGUUGUUAAGAAUGAUGAUGAAAGCAGAUUUUCGAAAGAAGAGGAUAAAGAGAUUGGAAGUAACCAAUGUCAGGACCACAAGGAAGAUGAUGUUAACGGUAAUGAUGAGAAAUCCCGCAAAUCAGAAACAGUCUUCACCCUGUCAAAAACUACUACCACGCUGGUGACAUCGUGAAGAUGCUUUCUUGAGGUUAUAUAUAAUGAUGGUAAUUCUGGUACAUGCCACGUCUCUAAAAACUUUAGUGUGUUUCUUUAUGUAUAUAUAUAUAUAUAUAUCUAUAACAUUAUUUGAGAAGUAAAUUUGCUUAGUUGUCAA